GUCAGACGCUGCUCCGGUAAAGCAAUGACUAAGCAGAGUUAACCCCUAGGUGGCAGGCGGUCCCGGAUGGCAGUAUCCUCUAACAUAAACAAACACACGGGUUGCCGCAUCGCCACUCCUAUUAGGUCUUCCGCCGCCCAGUGUCCCAGACGGGGCGUCUCCAUCCGCUUAUUUUCCUGAUAUCGAGAUCAUGGUCAGCUAUGCAGGACGACAUUGCUGAGUUACGACGUCAACUGGAGGAAGCGAGGCACGCACAGCAAGAGGCCGAACGUCGACGGGAAGAGGAGAGAACGGCACGGGAAGAGGAGAGAACGGCACGGGAAGAGGCAGAACGGCGACUGCAAUCUAAUACCCUGUUUCACCUUCUCAAUCACUGUCACGAAUCUCUAUCGCGGGAGAUUCGAGUUGAGACAGAUGCGACCUUGACAACCCAAGGCGACGUGACUAACCCAGUCAACCGACUUUUCCCCAAACAGAUAGUCCCUUGGCUUGGUUUUCCUGAUCUCCAACAGCAAAUCUGGGAGAAAAUCGAGCAUGCAGUCGACUUUACCUCGCGUCCACUCUUUCCUUCUGAUACCCAGCUAGAUUACGUCGCAACAAACAUCCGGAACCGGCCGAUUUACUCAGAAGCAAGUCUACGAAAUUUCGAGCGAGACACCGUUGAUAACUUUGUUGAACACAUUAUCGAGGCUUUACGGGGUGAUGACAUUUUGCGACAGGAGUUUGGUAUAGAGGGUCGAGUGGCAUUUUAUGACCGCACGGACUCAACCUCCCUGGAUCAACCAACAAGUAGUAAUCGCGGGAGAGGUGGGAGGAAAGGGAAGGGCAAACAAAUGGCGCAAAGUCAAAAGAGUAAUCGCUUGGGAAGGCGACGCAAUCGCCGCGCUGAUCAGUUCUGUGUUCAUGUCAUUGCCGACGAGCACCGGACACCACUUUACGCGGUGGAGUUUAAGGCCCCUCAUAAGCUCACGGUCGCUGAAUUAGUUGCAGGCUUGCACGAGAUUGACCUGGCGCGCGAUGUUAUUGAUCAGGAAGGCGACACCUUUGAGUUUCAUGCCACCCAUCUUAUCGCUGCUGUUGGCACUCAGAUAUUCUCAUACAUGCACGACCUGGGGAUUCCGUACGGGUGCAUUCGGACAGGAGAGGCAUUUGUCUUUUUGCAUAUUCCGGCGGAUCCCACCGUACUUCAGUACUACUUGUGCGUUCCAAAUGAAGACGUGCGGGCGAGCGACAAGAGCCGCAUCCACCGGACUGCCGUGGGCCAGAUGCUCGCGUUCACCCUCCAAGCGCUGGCAGCCAAAGCUCCACCUCAAGAGUGGCAUGAUACCGCAGAUGAACAGCUUUCAACCUGGAAAGUCGAAUACUUGGAUGUCUUGCGCCAUAUCCCUGAAACAAUACGCAAGGAACCGCCGCCCUCGAAUUAUCGACCUUCGCGCUGGAAACCGCUCCCAAAGACCCACAACACACGUUCCCGCGCUCGCUGCAAUCCAGGCGUAUCUACCCCGGAAGCCUCUCCAAGCGAAAGUAGCGACAGUGACGAGGAACUGCGUUCGCCGUCUACCGCACCAGCCGCGCGCAGAUCAAGCCGCAAAAAAGGUAGCGAACGUCAAUUGACUGACACUCGCGAGCAGGGCUCGCAUGACCAGAAAAACAAGGAGGCACUCUCUCAGAACAACAUGCAGAGACCAUACUGUACCAUGAAUUGCAUCCGUGGUAUGGCCACCCGAGGUCCCCUUGACAAUAAGUGUCCCAAUCGGCAGCACCAUGGUGGCCAACAGCAUCUAAUGGACCUGUCUGAGUUCACACGCAAGUUGCACCGUCAACUUAUCCAGAAUCGAAACGAGGGGUUUGAACCGUUACACAUCCGUGGUCGGACGGGGUAUCUCUUGAAAGCAACUCUGUUAUCUCACGGAUAUACUGUUGUUAUCAAGGCCACAACAAAGAAGAGGGAGUAUGCGCUUAAAGCAGAAGUGGACAAUUAUCAUCACCUCCAAAGCUUGCAAGGGGAUCAAAUUCCAAUCUGUCUAGGCGACUUUAAGCCAAACAUCAAAUACUGGUACCACGGUGAACCAAUGACGUAUAUGAUGAUCCUAAGCUGGUCUGGAACUAGGCUUCAGCGGAUAAUUAACAACGAAAACUCGGCUUUCUUCCACGAAGAGCGCAAUAAGUGUCUGUCCAUCCUCCGGUCGCAUGGUGUUGUCCACAAAGACAAAGAAUGGCGUAAUAUGUUAUGGGACGAAUUUACCAGACGUUUGGUCGUCAUUGACUUGGAGGACGUGGAGUGGCUCGAACGGCCUAAGCGGCCCCGGUCCCUUCAACCAAAACCUGGCAAUCUAUGUCAUGGCGCGAGGGCGCGGAAUAAACGAAGGCGCCUGUCCAGUCUGCCUGCUACCUGCACCACGUGAUGGUCCGUUUUAGAGCUCCCUGUCUUAUUCAAAGGAGGACCGGGUGGCUUCUAGGGGCCCGAUGCUACGCUGUGGCUAUCUUCGCCACGCCCUGAUGAGAGCUC